AUGGGCGACAUUCUCCGCCCUGAGGGCGAGGGCGCUUCCCAAGAUGAGUCGACCGAUCACAGCAUCCUCACGCGAAUGCAGCGCUUCCGCGCCAACCCUUUCAACUUCGCCCACGAGAUUUCGCUUUUCGUUCGAGGCGUCGGAUGGCGUGCAUACGACAGACCCAUCGGACAGCCCGUCUUCUAUUCUGGCUAUACGGCCAAGAUCAAAGCGGCCACAAUGUCUUCUCCGCUUCUGCGACAGAAAGUGGUCGAUUUGACAGAGCAACGCUUGAAGGUUGAAGAAAAAGAACACCUCCUCGACAGUGCAAGCCCGACAUACCUCCCCGAUCGAGAGAAGCGAAGACAUGAGAUCACAUCGCAGCUGUUGGAGAUCACGGCCGAUAUGCUGGAUAAGAUGGUGUGCAAAAUGGAGAGCAAGACCUACAUUCGGACAGCCUUCUAUGGAGCCACCCAAUUGCUCACCCGAGCAUACAGCGCAAUUCAUGUUUCAGAGUCGGAGGUGCAAAGAUUGCGAGACGUUGCAACUCUAGCAGCCAAAAACAAUCAGUCUAUUAUCUUCCUACCGCGCCAUACGAGCCACGUCGACUAUGUCACUUUGCAGUUGGUCUGCUAUCGUCUAGGUCUCACGUUACCAGUCGUAGUGGCCGGCGAUAAUCUCAACAUCCCGAUUUUGGGAGGUUUUCUCCAGAGCUGUGGCGCCAUGUGGAUCAGGAGAAGUUUUGCAAAUGACCAGCUAUACACAACUUUGGUUCAAGCUUACCUCGAUUCCAUGCUCCAGCAAGGCUAUAAUUUGGAGUGCUUUAUUGAGGGAGGCAGAAGUCGCACUGGGAAACUGCUUGGCCCGAAAUUCGGGUUCCUCAGCUUCAUCCUCGACUCUAUACUCUCAGGCCGAACUGAGGAUGCUUGGAUAUGCCCAGUCUCCCUGCAGUACGACAAGGUUAUAGAGGUUGACUCGUACGUCAACGAAUUGCUCGGGAAACCGAAACGGAAAGAGAAUCUUGCGGACCUUAUCUCAGCGUCCUCCGUGUUGUCGUUGAACCUCGGUCGCAUCGACUGCAGAUUUCAUGAACCGUGGAGUCUCAAGGACUUCAUCAAAGUGCAACAGGCACGGCAAGCCCUUGAUACUGGUGUCAUCCAGGACGCGAGUAGCAGAAUCCGGCUGCUGCGCACUCUCGGUUACCGAGUACUUUCUGAUAUCAAUGCGGCUUCAGUCGUGAUGCCUACUGCCUUGGUUGGGACAGUUUUGCUUACGAUUCGCGGACGCGGUAUCGGGAAGUCCGAGCUCAUAAGGCGGGUCGACUGGCUCGCCAGAAGGAUCAAACUGAAAGGUGGGAAGGUCGCGGACUUCAAGGGAAUGACCACGUCGUAUGUAGCUGAACGAGCUUUGGAAGUGCUUGGACCGAAGCUCGUCGGCACUGUGGAUGGUCUGGCCGAAGAGACAUAUUACGCGGUUGAUCGUUUUCAACUAUCAUUCUACAGGAACAUGACCAUCCACCUCUUCAUCUCUGAGGCCCUCAUUGCGGCUGCGUUGUACAGCAAGGUCAAGCAGGGCGGAGGGAGUGCCAAUGAGCGCAUGAGUGAGGCUGAAUUGAUCGACAAAGUCACCUUUCUUUCCCAGCUCUUCCGAGGCGAAUUUAUCUUCCCAGCGGGACAGGGUUUACAAUAUAACCUCGAAGAAGCCAUGCAUGGCUUGGUACGAGACGGCGUCUUAGCGGCAACUGAGGGCGGCGAGACAAUGAUCGGGUUGUCAGAUGCAGAGCGGAGGUCAGGCCGAGAGAAUUACGACCUGUAUUGCUUCCUUAUCUGGCCUUUCGUCGACGCCGCAUGGUUGGGUGCAGUGUCCUUACUGGCUUUGGCUCCUCCAACAAGAUCGUCUGUUGGAUGGAUCGAGAUGCAAAAGGCUCAAGAUAUGGCGCAGCUUGCCGGUCGGACCUUGUACCAUCAAGGUGAUUUGUCUUAUUUCGAGGCAGUCAACAAGGAAGCCCUCAAAAAUGCCUACAGCCAAUUCCAGGAGGAAGGGAUCAUUCAGGUCGCAAAGGCUCCGGACGCGAGGAACAAGCCCACAGUCCGACUGGCACUGGAGUGGACGCCCGAAAGGGAUGGCUCUUCGGGCGAAUUGACGCCGUCGGGACGCCUGUGGGACUUUAUCGAGAAAAUUGCGCAGUAUCGGCGUGAAGGUAAGAACAGGCGCGACGAAGCAGCUGUCUCAAUACGUGUGCUUUCUCUGGCCGCAAGGCUAAACCAGCAGAUAUUCGUUGGCGACAAGCAUACCCUGGUUCAGCCUCAGCCGGACCCAGUCAAGGAACACAGACGACGAUCGAGACUAUGA